CAUUUCCAAGUCCAACCAUCUGUUUUUGGACGUGACCUUUUGUUCUUCUCUCCUCUCUCUCUCUCUCUGUUAUAAACCCAAUUUUGAGGUUGUUCGAUUUCGAUCUACGAGAUUCUUGAUCUUUUAUUACAAGAACUUUGAGAAAGCAUCUGUUUUUGUUUUCUUGGGAUUCUCGUUGGGUGUGUGUUUGGUCGGAUGGUGAUCUUCUCGAUGUUUGUGCAAGGCUUUGGGAACUAAAUGGAUUCGGUGUUACGCUCGAUUCUUUCCGGUUGUUAGCUCGUUUGAAUUCUUCUGUUACUGGUUAGAAAUCUUGUUGGUGUUUAGUUAUGGCUGAGGUUGAUAAAGUUCCGGUUAGUGAUAUGGAACUAGACGGUUCAAGCGAGACAAAAGCAGCAGUUGAUGGUGUUGUUGUUGCUGACAAAACGGAGGCCACAUCAGUGACUGUAACUAGAACUGAUGUUGUUUUAGCUGAUAAAACGGAGGCCACACCAGUGACUGUAACUAGAACUGAAGUUGUUGUUGAAGGUUGUCAAACUGAAAGUUCAAAAUCUGUUGACUGCAAAGAGCAGCUUGUUCCCCAAAUCACAGCUUCACAGUCGGAAGUAGAUGUCGCUUCCCCGACAUCUGAGAAAGCACCAAAGGUUUCUGAGAGUAGCACUGUCUUGUCUUUGCAGUCUACUUCGGAAGGGAAUAGCCCUUUUAUACGUGAGAAGGUUAUGGAAGACGGAUACAACUGGCGGAAAUAUGGACAGAAGCUUGUUAAGGGGAAUGAGUUUGUGAGGAGCUAUUACAGAUGCACGUACCCAAACUGCAAAGCGAAAAAGCAAUUGGAGCGGUCGCCUGGUGGACAAGUCGUGGACACUGUUUACUUUGCUGAGCAUGAUCAUCCGAAGCCUCCUACUGGUGCUGUUUCUAUUAGUCAGGAUAAACGAAGUGAUGUCGUCACAGCUGUGAGUAAAGAGAAAUCAUCUGGAUCCCUUGUUCAGACACCUCGCCAAACCGAACCACCAAAGGUCCACAGAGGAUUACAUAUUUCAGUUACUCCUGCAGCCGAUGAUGUGAAAACUGAUAUUUCACAAUCAAGUAGGAUAAAGGGCGACAACACUCACAAGGAUCUUAGUAGUCCUUCCUCAAAGCGAAGGAAAAAAGGAGGGAACAUCGAGCCGAGUCCAGUGGAGAGGCCAACCAGUGAUUCACGCAAUGUGGUUCACACUCAAACUCUAUUUGAUAUUGUGAAUGAUGGGUACCGAUGGCGUAAAUAUGGUCAGAAAUCAGUGAAAGGCAGCCCAUAUCCGAGGAGCUACUAUAGGUGCUCAAGCUCUGGCUGUCCAGUCAAGAAACAUGUGGAGAGGUCAUCUCAGGACACAAAGUUGCUUAUAACUACUUACGAGGGAAAACACGACCAUGCUAUGCCUCCAGGAAGGGUUGUUACUCAUAAUAACAUGGUGGACUCAGAAGUUGAUGAUAAAGAACAGAAUGCUAAAGAAGGAGAUGCCAACAAGACUCCACAGAGCGCAGCUCUUCAAUCCAUUACCAAAGACCAGCAUGAAGAAGAUCACCCAAGAAAGAAAAUUAAGACCAAUGGCUUUGAGAAAAGUCUUGGUCAAGGUCCUGUCUUGGAUGAGAAAGUGAAGGAAGAAAUAAAAGACAUAUCAGAUGCAAACAAAGAUCACGCAGCCAAUCACGCCAAGCCGGAAACAAAGUCAGAAGAUAAAAUCGCUGCUUGUCAUGAGAAGGCAGUGGGAACCCUGGAGACUGAGGAACAGAAACCCAAGACAGAGCCUGCCCAAAGCUAAGCAUUCGGUGUUGUACUGAGUGGUAAUUUAUAUGGCUGUUUAACAUAGAUUAGUACAGGCGAUAUGAUUACAGACUGUACAGUUGUUGUUCAGGCAGGACCAGAUUUUUAGAUUAGUGUUAAAUGGAAUAGUAUGCUUACUACCAUUAUAUAGCCGCUUUCAUUUGGUUCAAAUAAGAGUUACAGGAAGAGAUGGUAACACAACAAGUGUCUUUCUUUAUUAUGGAGCCUGUGUAAUAGUUGUAGUAUGGGGAUGUAUAUGAUUUGAUUCAGAUUCAA